AUGCAUGAAUUAGUGGUGCAUAAAGGAUAUCAGAAGAAAGUCUAGCCCAUUGAAAUAGAGGCUUGAUAUGAUUUGUUCCGACGGUGAUUGGGAAGUCAGUUGCAUUCCAUGCUUUUAUAUACCUUCUACUUCUCGUCACGUCAAGCAAUCUCCAUCAUAUGAUUCUCUUGGACAUUACAGAUAAAGGGAUACGAAAAAUGCCGAAAAAGAAAGCAAAUCCAUCCAGUAAUGGAGAGCAACGUACUCAUCUAUCAGGAAUAAUAACAUCUCUUCUCUCUGCAUUCGAGUCUACUCGACACCUCUACCGCCGCAUCAGGAACAACACACGCUCAUCAACACCAAAAACCAAGCUCAACAAAAGACAACACGUGUCUGAUGAUGCAUUGACACGUGAAGAGCAGAUAUUACAACACCAACUCCAACAAGCACCAAGACAAAUAGCGACAAUAUUCAGGACCAAUUCGGAGCGGUUGGGUGAGGGGUACCGACGCGGUGAUGAAAGAGCAAAGACUUCUCUAAAUCGCAUUCUUCUUGUACUUAACACGGGCCUAACGAAAAUUAUUUCGAACUUUUUGAGAAAGAAUGGCAGUGCCGACAAUGAUGCUAUGAUUCGUGAUUUAAUGAGCUUAUCGGAACGAUCCGCAAGAUAUUCUGUGAUUGAAUUGGAAGGGUUCAGAAUGAGGUUGGAGAGUACAACUUCGUUGGGGAUAAGUGAUGGCAGAGUGUCAUUGGUACAACGACGUAAUCGAGAGUCUCAGGAGAAGAAUGUUGGAGGACAGGUGCGAAGGCCGAACAAUACUCCUACAGGACAAACAGGGACUGUAAGCGCGAAUGGCCAAGGAAAAACUAGGGUUGAAGGAGUGAAGAAGAGCAAGGGUGUCAUUCCGAAUACAUCAAGCACCAUGGGGACAACCAAGACGAAAACAUCAACGACUCCGAAAAGAAACAAGGCACCGCAACAGAGUCAUCCGGUAUGGGUCCGGUCAAAGAAUUCAUCUACCAUCAGCAUUGAUCUCAGGCCAAUAAACAACAAACACACAAAACCCGCAGAUAAUGCCAAACCAAGGUCAACGGUAAAGCCACCUCAUACGGCAACAAAAACAGCGAUGCAAUCCUCGCCAGAUAUCCCAUCUACAUCCAUACCAGCACAUUACCAAAGGGCUCAAUUACCGGAACAACUUUCCUACCCCGUAGUGACCGCACACGCUCCUGACAGAAGAAGAGAAGUCUUACUUGACAAACGACUAUCCAUGAUAUCACAUAGUUCCGCGAGCACCAAACUAGGAGAAAUUCCUCAACACAAAUGGAUCAAUGCUUGGAUUCCACCUAUUGAAGUUGAUGACGAAGAAGACGUAAAGAAUGAAGGAGAUAUACAUGAUACAAACGGAGGGCAGAAUGGUCGGACGGGAGUAAAGUUUUGGAGAAGGUUUGGACGGAAUAGGACGUGAUACUGGCAUGGAUCAGAUGUUCACAGCGUUAAAGCAUCAUACUCGCUAGACUUACACUUUUAGUGCUCCUCUCUUCAAGUAAUGGAAUACUGCAGGCUGGCCGCAC